AUGUCUUGUUUCUUGCCACACUUUAACACUUUCACAACUCCUAUUCCUAUCCCUACAAACCGCCAUCAUCAUAUCAUUCUUCAAAUUAAAUUAAGACGCCCACACUGUAUUCUGUCUCCUUCCGCACCAUCAACCGCACUCCUUGAAUUCGAUGCUGCAAACACUCCUUGGUCCUAUGUCACUUCUCAGGAAAACUUUAAAGCAGCCUCAUCUGCAGAAUCACUGCUUACUAGUCAAGACACGGUAAUAGCGGAAAGCUUUAAAGCAGCCUCAUCUGCAGAAUCACUGCUUACUAGUGAAGACGCGGUAAUAGCGGAAAACUUUAAAGCAGCCUCAUCUGCAGAAUCACUGCUUACUAGUGAAGACGCGGCAAUAGCCUAUGCUGCUUCUGAAGCCCUUGCUCUUGCUAAAGCUGCUGCAAAACUUGCAAAGGAUGCAACUCUAUUAGUAAAAGACAACCCUCCACAACAGCCGGUGUUUAGGCCACAACUUCCUUCCGCGCCUGAAAAUUUACUUCUCAAAUGGGUUCAACAUAUGGAAGCACAAGAUGCUGUAGCAGAAGGAUCCGUUGCUACUGGACUGGAAAUAAUGGAACAUGUUGACAAUACUUCAACCCAAGAGGAGGAGCCUACCUUUGAGGAACUUGAAGACAUCGACAAAGAAUUGUUGGAUAGUAUAGAUGCAAGAUCUGGACGCCAAACGGAAAGAAAAGCUAGAAGACUCAGAGCAUCUGGGAAGGCUGCCACUAAUAUUGUGUCCUUUAGGUCUGGAUCCACCAGUAGAAAAAAGCGUGUUCGGACACAACAGGUUGACUAUUCUGAUCCACUUCGUUACUUGAGAACUGCAACCAGAUCUUCAAAGCUUCUUACUGUAUCUGAAGAAAUUAACUUGUCUGCAGGAAUACAGGAUCUGAUAAAGCUCGAAAAACUUCAAGAGGAGCUUACAGAAAAAUGUGGUAGCCAGCCCACAUUUUCUCAAUGGGCUACAAUGGCAGGGGUAGAUCAGAAGACCCUAAGAAAGAGAUUAAAUUAUGGUGAGCGUUGCAAAGAAAAAAUGAUUAAAAGCAAUAUACGACUUGUCAUAUCAGUUGCUAAGAAUUACCAGAAAUCAGGGAUGAGUCUGCAAGAUCUAGUCCAGGAAGGAUGCCGCGGCCUUGUAAAAGGCGCAGAGAAGUAUGAUGCUUCUAAGGGCUUUAAGUUCUCAACCUAUGCUCAUUGGUGGAUUAAACAGGCAGUUGGGAAAGCCCUUUCUGAUCAGUCAAGAAUUAUUCGCUUGCCAUUCAACUUGGUGAGAGCAACUUACAAAGUAAGGGAGGCAAGAAAACAACUGUACAGUGAAAAUGGAAGACAACCAGACGAUAAAGAAAUUGCUGAAGCAACUGGGCUGUCAAUGAAGACGCUUACUGCUGUUUAUUUGGCCCCAAAAUCUCCCAGAUCUCUAGAGCGGAAAAUAGGGAUCAACCAGAGUCUUAAACCUUCAGAAGUACUUUCUGCACCGGAAGCUGAAACAGCUGAAGAACAGCUGAUUAAGCAGUUAAUGAAAAAGGACCUAGAAAAGGUACUAGACUGCCUGAAUCCGAGAGAGAAACAGGUGAUUAGAUGGAGAUUUGGUAUGGACGAUGGAAGGAUGAAGGCACUGCAAGAGAUUGGGGAAAUGAUAGGCGUGAGUAGGGAGAGAGUUAGACAAAUUGAGUUAUGUGGUUUUAGUAAGCUUAAGAACAGGAAGAGAGCCAAACAUUUGGAGCAGUAUAUGAAUUUAGGUUAUUUCAGGUCCUGA